AUGCGUGUGCGUGGCGUGACCAUCGAUGUGUGCGUGAAGCACUUCCGCACCAAGUCCAGGCAGUUCACCAUUUUGGAUGCCCCGGGGCACCGAGACUUCGUGCCCAACAUGGUGCACGGGGCCGUCCAGGCGGACGUGGCCAUCCUUGUGGUGGACGUGAGCCACUUCGAGGCGGGCUUCGAUCGGGGCGGCCAGACGAAGGAGCACCUACAGCUGAUCCGAGCUCUGGGCAUCGCCAACGUCGUGGUGGCCGUGAACAAGUUGGACACGUGUGCCUGGGAUCAGAAGGUCUUUGAGGAGACCAAGCGCCGGGUGCAGGAUUACAUGCUCGGCCCGGAGGUCGGCUACAAGGAAUCCAGUGUGCAGUUCGUGCCGCUGAGCGGGUUUUCGGGUGAGAAUAUGCUGGAGCGGAAGGAUGCAAAACUCUCCUGGUGGACGGGUGGAACACUGCUGGAGGCGCUGGACCAGCUGCCUGCGCCGCCUCGGCCGCCCAGCACUUCACCCCUCAGGCUCUGCGUGUCGGACGUGUAUAGAUCUGGGGCGAACACCUGCGUUUCAGGCAAGGUGCUCGCUGGCACACUGAAUGUGGGCCAAAAGGUCCUCUUGCAGCCUUCCAAUGAGCAGACCACGGUCAAGGGCCUGAUGCUGCGGGAUGCGCCCACCCGCUCGGCCAGGGCUGGAGAUCAUUUAGACACUGUCACGCUGCCAGUGGAGCCUCAGUUCGCCAGCGUGGGGGGCGUGCUCAGCGAUCCCCGGAGUGCGGUGCCAUUGUCUGACACCCUCCAGGUGCAGAUCCUGGUCUUCGAGACCGAGGUUCCGCUGAUGCGAGGUGCACAACUGAUGUGCUACCUGCACACCGAGACGCUCACAGCGACGCUUGUGCGGCUUGAAAAGCUCAUCGUGAAGGGUGAGCCUCAGGAGAGGAGGCCGAAAUGCCUGGUGAAGGGCAACAACGCCAUCGUUUGGCUGCAGCUCAACGAGAAGGUGUGCGUGGAGCCCAAGCCGAAGCCCCCCGGCGUGGCCACGCCGCUCAGCCGCUUUGUGCUGCGCGACCGCGGCCGCACAGUGGGUGCGGGAGUUGUCCUGGCUGUGCAGUAG